AUGGAGAAGAAGAUAGAAGAGGAUCAUCACCAUCAUCAACAACAACAACAACAACAAAAGGAGCAGCUCAACAGUACCAAGAACACAGAGACUAAGAUCCAGCAACAAAUCUUUCAAGCAACAUCAUCAUCAUCACACAUGGAGAAUCUAGAUACCUCAUCAGAUCACCACCAUAAUCAGUUGGAGCUAGCUGGGAACAACAUCAAUCUCUCAAGCAUCUUCGAUGCUCCAGUUUCAUCACCUUUUCCUUAUUCUUAUUUAGAAGAUCCGAAUCCUUUUCUUGACUUUCUCCCACAAGACAAUCAUCAAUUUUCUUCCUCCUCUAACUCAUCUUCUUUUUCAUAUGCCCUUCCUCUCCAAAACAACAAUACCAACCUCUUUUUUACGGAUUUACCCUUGCUUCAACCUUCAACAACAAAGGCUGCGUCAUCAGAAGUUGUGAACGCAGCACCAACAUCUCCAAACUCAACCUCAGUCUCCUCUUCAUCCAAGGAAGCUGCAAAUGAUAUUACUGAUAAAGAGGUUAUUCUUAAAGAUCCAGAAGAAGGAGAACAACAAGAACAAAAGGGUACUAAGCCACAGUUGAAGGCAAAGAAGAAGAACCAAAAGAAGGCAAGAGAGGCUAGGUUUGCGUUUCUGACGAGGAGCGAUAUUGAUAAUCUUGACGAUGGUUAUAGGUGGAGAAAGUACGGCCAGAAAGCUGUCAAAAACAGUCCUUAUCCCAGAAGCUAUUACCGUUGCACCACAGUGGGCUGUGGAGUGAAGAAGAGAGUGGAGAGAUCCUCUGACGAUCCUUACAUCGUCAUGACAACCUACGAAGGUCAACACUCUCACCCUUUCCCCAUGACACGUGGACACAUCGCAAUGCUUACGUCACCAAUUCUCAACAAGGCGUCGCCAACAUCAUUCGCUAUCCCUCAGCCACACUACUUGCUGACGAGGCAUCAUCAACCGUACAGUAGCAUGUACAACAACUCUCCAAACAUGACCAAUCAAACCUCCUCAGAUGGCACUUUCGUAAAUCCACGAUCAUCAUCAUUACAUGGAUUUAGUUAUGAUGUGCUGUCACAAGCUUACACUUCAACUACUUCGGCCAUUAGAGAUCAUGGAUUACUUCAAGAUAUUCUUCCUUCUAAGAUCAGGUCGGAUACUAUUAACAACAGAAUCAAUGAAGAUGAUAAGAAAUAAAGAACGUUUUUUUUUUGGCCGGGGGAAUUGUUUUUUUUGGGACCAGAACCGGUUGAUAUGUUUUAUGAGGAAUUUUUGGCCGGUUUAGAUAAUUAAACCGAUAUUGCUGGCUGG